AUGCCCCGCCUCUCUCAGCCUUUCUCUGUGCCCUGGGAAGCCGACCCACACAGAUCUCGCCGCCUGGAAGGCAGAUCGCUAGCCGCUCCACCACCAAUGCAGGCUGUACCAGGGGACUUCCUUGCUGCCCGGCUCGGGUUGCGAAGCACCAGAACCAAGUCCCAAGCCAAGAUAAGGAAGCAGCCUGUGUCCAAUGACGGACGGAGAGUAAGUCGGGAUGUUCAGAGUUCCACCUUGACAGCAGUUAACUGCCGGCUGAGCACCUGGUCAGGGUGGACAGACUGCUUUCCAUGCCAGGACAAAAAGUACCGACACCGGAGCCUCCUGCAGCCAAGCAAGUUUGGGGGAACCAUCUGCAGUGGUGAUGUCUGGGAUCAAGCCAGCUGCCAGAGUCCCACAGCCUGUCUAGGGCAAGUGCAGUGUGGACAGGAUUUCCAGUGUAAGGAGACAGGUCGCUGCCUGAAACGCCACCUUGUGUGUAACGGAGACAUGGAUUGCCUUGAUGGCUCUGAUGAGGAAGACUGUGAAGAUGUCAGGGUCAUGGAAAGCGACUGCAGCCUGUAUGACCCCAUUCCAGGGUCAGAGAGUGCGGCCUUGGGGUACAAUAUCCUGAGCCAGGAACCAGCUCAGAGUGUGUACGAUGCCAGGUAUUAUGGGGGCCAGUGUGAGAUGGUAUACAACGGGGAGUGGAGAGAGCUUCGCUAUGACCCUGCCUGUGAGCGUCUUUACUACGGAGAUGAUGAGAAGUACUUCCGGAAACCCUACAACUUCCUCAAGUACCACUUUGAAGCCCUGGCAGAUACUAAAUUCUCCUCAGAGUUGUACAGUGAUGCGAAGGAACUUCUUUCUAAAGUAAAGAAUGACAUGUCUGUGUCAGCUGGAGUGACUGUUGGUGUGGCCCCUGCACGCAGCCCUGUAACAGUGGAUGUGGGUGUAUCCGGGUCACUAGACUCUUCAUCCCUGAAUAAGUUAAGCAAGUAUAAUAAUAAGAAAUUUAACUUCAUCAGAAUUUCCACAAAGGUGCAGACCGCGCAUUUUAAGAUGAGGAGGGACAACAUUGUGCUGGAUGAAAGCAUGCUGCAGUCACUAAUGGAGCUUCCGGAGCAGUACAAUUACGGCCUGUAUGCCAAGUUCAUCAAUGACUACGGCACUCACUACAUAACGUCUGGAUCAAUGGGUGGCAUUUAUGAAUAUAUUCUGGUGGUCAACACAGAAAAAAUGGAAUCACUUCAUAUAACCUGGAGAGACAUUCAGAUAUGCUUUGGAGGCUCUGUGGGCAUUGAGUAUGAUUACACAGGCAGCACAACAGUUGGAGGACAUUUAUCAGGACAACAAUGUGACAAACCUGGAGCUGGCAAUACUGUUGAAGGAAGGCAGGCCAUGGCUGUGGAAGACGUCAUUCCUCGAGUGCGAGGUGGCAGUUCUGGCUGGGCUGGUGGCUUGUCUCAAAACAGGAGCAUCAUCACAUACCGUUUCUGGGGGAGGUCAUUAAAGUAUAAUCCUGUUAUUAUUGAUUUUGAGAUGCAGCCCAUCCAUGAGGUGCUGCGGCACACGAACCUAGGGCCCCUGGAGGCUAAACGCCAAAACCUGCGGCGGGCCUUGGACCAGUACCUGAUGGAAUUCAACAGCUGUCGCUGUGGACCGUGCUUCAACAACGGGGAGCCUGUCCUCAAGGGCACGAGGUGCGAGUGUCAGUGCCCCCUGGGUCGUGAGGGCCUUGCCUGUGAGCAAAUGGAGCAGAAGGGAGCCAAGGCAGAUGGUCACUGGAGCUGCUGGAGCUCCUGGUCUGCUUGCAGAGCGGGCACCCAGGAAAGGAGGAGAGAGUGCAACAACCCUGCACCCCAGAAUGGAGGCAACUCAUGUCCAGGGUGGAAAGUGCAGACCCAGGCUUGCUGAGGGCCUCUGAGCACAGAGGCAGUGGAUGUCACCCCCUGAACCCACCCCUGGAUAAAGACUUCUUUCUGCUGAGGGAAAAGGCAAAUCGACAUGGACUUUUUCUUUGGCCUGCCAACUUCCAGGAGUAGAGGACCAGCCUGUGCCGUCUACAACCAACUGUCCUAUUACCCACAAGACGCAGUCAUUCAACAACUGGGUGCUGAUCGUUAACUAGGGGCUCAGUCCCGCUGAUAGCACUUCCGAUCAUCUGAAAGAGAGAGAGAGAGAGAGGGAGGGAGAGGGAGAGAUUUCAUUCCAUGCCUUAGAGGGACGUAUAGGAUGUUAGAGGUAAGAGGCAAGCAGAUCAAUGGCCAAUAAAACAAAAUAUGAUGAGAA